UACUUCUCGGCGCGGUCGUCACGCGAGCAGUUGGGAAAACAGAUAAAACAAAGUGAAAGAUAUAUCCAAAACAGAUUGGCCUUAUUCUUCGCUCCUCCAGCAGCGCAUUGACUUCCACGCCCGCCUAAAAGCUCGCUACGUCCAAUGCGUCCCCAAAGCGGUUUGAUAGCGGUGGCGCUUCUGCUGCUGCUUCUGCUAACGGCACCUUCGACUGCGGCGGAUGUGGAGCCAGAGACCUCGGCCAGUCCGGUGCCACCUGCCGCCGACCAGCUGCGCAGGGUGGUGAAGCGGGCGCCCACAGCCAGUUUCAUCGGGAUGCGCGGCAAGAAGGAGGAGGAGCGGGACACCUCGGAAGGCAACUGGCUGGAAACAGGACACGAAUCAGGACCCGAUCCUCUCGAUUACGCCGAUGAAGAGGGGAACAGCUACUACUCCGAGAACGCACUGCGGUUAAAGAAGGCUCCAACGUCCUUUGUGGGCAUGCGCGGCAAGAAGUUCAUCCCGAUCAACGCCCGCCUCUCAGAUGUCCUUCAGCAUUUGGAGGAGGAGCGGAUACGGGAAAGCCUGCUGCAGGACUUCUUCGAACGAUUGACGGCCGGUGAGGGCUCACCUGUGGGCAAGAGGGCGCCCACAGGAUUCACCGGGAUGCGGGGCAAGCGUCCUGCUCUUCUGGGUGGGGAUGAAGAUCAGGAGACGGAAGGGGAUGACGCCAUGGAACUGUCGCAGAAAAGGGCGCCUGUGAACUCCUUUGUGGGGAUGCGGGGCAAGAAGGACGUUUCCCACCAACACUUUAAGCGAGCUGCUCUUUCACAGUUCUGGCACAAUUUCUUUAAAAAGUCCUACAACGACUUGAGGGGAAAACAACAGCGCUUCGCCGACUUCAAUAGCAAAUUUGUGGCGGUGCGCGGUAAGAAGAGCGAUCUGGAGGGAAACGGAAUCGGAAAUGGGGAUCAGCAAUCUCUGGUUCACCCAUGGCUAUAUCUCUGGGAAGAAAAGCGGGCGCCAAAUGGAUUUUUGGGCAUGCGCGGCAAGCGACCAGCACUUUUCGAGUAGACGACGUUGAAUGAUUUGAAUGAUCUUGAUGGAAGUUCCUCUUAGAGCUGCACAACUAGGAAAGGGAAAUACGGAUCGACGCAGGGGACCGGGAGAGCAGAUUUGGAAACAGAAUGGAUCACAAGAGUGUUUCAAAUAAUCACUGGGCUGGAGAUUAUUUAAAACACGAACACACACACACACAAGUACACCGAUAAGAUUUACUUUGUUAAUGACACACAAUUUCAGCUUAAUGUAUAACGAGACUUGCAAAUAAUGUUUUGUUAAUUUAAUUGGAAUUGAACGAAGAUUCGAGAUUUGAGUGGGUUCAAUUAUACUAUUUGCAUAUCUAAGUGUAAACUUUUAAUCAAAACUAUAAAGUACAUUAUACUAGAACAAAUUGAAAUGCACAUAAAAGAGAAAAAAAGGGGAAACAUUUAUUUAUUUUCAAAAUAUAUAUAAUGAAACAAUUUCAUUGUGGUACAUCUACGUAUACAAGAGAUAUAUACACAUACAUAAAUAGCACAAAUAAAUAUUGUAAAUAAUGAAUAAAUAUUUAUUUCAAAAAGUGAAA